AUGGCUACCGUGGCCGGCACAGGCGGCAUGUGCGACUGUCAGUGCGAGCAGCGCAUUCUCCACACGGGGGUGAGCGAGUUUCAAGACAUCGAGCUGCUGGAAAGCGGCCCCUUCGGCAAGGUGCUGGUGCUGGACGGCAAGCUGCAGAGCGCGGAGGCGGACGAGUUCGUGUACCACGAGUCGCUCGUGCACCCCGCGCUGCUCUACCACCCGCAGCCGAAGCGCGUGUUCAUCAUGGGGGGCGGCGAGGGGUCGACAGCGCGCGAGUGUCUAAAGCACAGCAGCGUGGAGAUGCUCGAGAUGUGCGACAUCGACAAGGAGGUGGUGGAGUUCUGUCGGCGCCAUCUGACCAUCAACCGCGACACCUUUGCCUCGCCGCGCCUCAAGCUCAUCAUCAACGACGCCCUAGAGGAGCUGAGGAGUCGCACGGGCGAGGAGGGCUACGACGUGAUAAUAGGCGACCUGGCAGACCCCGUGGACGGCGGGCCCUGCUACAAGCUCUACACGGAGUCCUUCUACACGACGCUGCUCAAGCCGCGCCUCAACCCCGGGGGCAUUCUCGUCACGCAGGCCGGCCCGGCGGGGAUCCUGUCGGCGCGGGAGGUGUACACUCCGAUUUAUAACACGCUGCGCCAGGUGUUCAAAUAUGUGGUGCCAUAUGCGGCGCACGUGCCAUCAUAUGCUGACACAUGGGGAUGGAUUAUGGCGUCAGACACGCCGUUCCCGGAGAUGGCGGCUGCUGACGUGGACGCGAGGAUACAGCAGCGCGUGGACGGCGAGCUGCGCUUCCUGGAUGGUUCCACCAUGCUGGCUGUGGCGUCCCUCAACAAGCACCUGCGUAACCAAUGUGCAAUGGAGACAACAGUGUACACUGAGGACUCCCCACUCUUUAUCCAUGGUUACCUGGGUUGCUUCUGCCCCUGCGUGCUGUUCGGCCAGAACGUGCAACGGCUGCAUGGGCGGCAGUGUUUUGGCCCAUGUGUGAUGCACUGUCUGCUGGGCGGGUGCAUUGUGUGGGCAGCGUACAGCACUCUCGGCCCCGCUGCCUUCUGGUGCACGCCCAUCUCCUGCUAUGCCUGCAACUACCGCUCGGAGCUUCGAGCAAAGUAUCACCUAAAGGCUGAGCCCGCUGGUGAUUGUCCGACACACUUCCUCUGCCACCCCUGCGCCCUCUGCCAAGAGCACAGAGAGCUACAAGCGCGUCCCAAACCAUCUGGCCUGGACUUCUAUGGUGGGCGUUCAGGGGAGAUUGUGGAGCUCACUGCUCCCUCGCCAGUGGGGAAAAUGGAGUCUGUUUUCUCGUGA